AGAAGCUAUUAAAGAUAUUCUUCAUUAUUCCUAAAUGUGUGGUUAUUUUCAUUCAUGCUACUUUUUUUUUUUUUUUAAAUAUAUAUAUACAUAUAAAUUUAUGGAUCACAGUUCGUGAUGCUUUUAAAGACAUGUCAGUCCCUGCAGAAUUGGAAUUACAGAAGAGAAACAGGGAAAACAAUAGAAGAGUAAUUAUGCAAUAAAAGUGGCGGCAGUUCUGCAUGAAAUCACAUCAGAAACCUGGAAUAAAUGUGCUCGAAAGUGCCUUGGGUAAAACGGCUCGAUGCAGUUUAUUGCCCGCUGAUUUCGCAGUGCUGCAUCUUGCCAGGACAGAGCAAUCUCAGCCCUCGUGCCGAGCUCCAGGCCCAUCCAUCCCCCACGUCAUGUCAGCGCGAACUCGCACGAACAGAGCACUGUGUUCACUGUUCCAGGUCCACUGACAGCAGUUGAUGGAAGCAGAGGUCACCCGCAUUUUUCACCGGUCCACUUCAUAAACAAGCAUGACCUGGACCCAGUUUUAGUGCAGCUGCAUGACCUGCUGGGCCCGCUCCUUCCAUCACAUUGCACAAUUCCCCACAUAUAUACCCCAGCCCUCCUGCGCUCCGUUGCAAAGGACACUUGCUGCCCUUCACAGCUCAACACACAACGUACAGAAAAUGGCACGCGCCGCUCUGAAGCUGACUGUUGCUCUGCUCAUCACCACGGUGCUCUGCGGCUCCCUUGGAGCCAGCUCUGCUCACAAGGUUGUCCCCAGGUUUCUCCAGACACUUCUCGAAGGCCCUGCGGAACAGCUCUACACCGGCCCAAUUUCUCAGUACGAAGUCGAUGAUUUGACUAGAGCUGCUUUGACUGCAUUAAAGGACUGUAUCAACGAGCUUUCCCCCAAGCACGUAAAGGCCCUCAUUGAUCUGCUGAAGCUUGUUCGGACAGAGGCUUAAACCAACAAAAUAUUUGACCCAGCUGCUGACAACAUUUCUCCAUGACUUCCAGCUUCGCAUAUCCAAAGCCUCCAUGAAAACAACAAAUACAAAAAAUGGAGAGAACCAGGAUGCUGCCAGCUUUUUUUUUCUAAACUGCAUGCUGAGUACUACACCCUGUCACCUUCCAGUCUAUUUUAGAUCUUAUUUCUUUAGAGAUAACAUUUAAGUUCUAAAUAAAAUUCAGAUGAUGUUUUAAAAUUAUUUCUGUUAUCUGUUUUU